UCUUACCAUCUACACCAUGGCUGCAGCCUCACCUCCAUCAGAUCCAAUCAUUUCCUUGCAAAACCAGCUCGUCUCAACCAAGCUUAAUGAGAAUAAUUUCUUGGUCUGGGAACAACAGAUCCUUGUUACCAUCAGAGGCUAUGAUCUCCUAGGGUUCUUGACAGGAGAUACCCCAACACCAGACAAGCUCACUCGAGAUCCAACAAAUGGAGAACUCACUGUCAACAAAGCAUAUCUUCACUGGGUGAGACAGGACCAGCUCAUAGCUUCAUGGCUAUUAUCAUCUCUCUCUGAAAGCAUUCUCAUAACCACU